UGUGUUAAAUGUGAUAGAUUAGUGGUGUGAAACAGCACGGACGUUUCUUAUUGGCUGGAAGAAAUGGAUACAUACUAGACAGGUAGUCGGAUUGCAUUUGGAUUAUUUGUUUGCGUCUUGUCUACACGAUCUACAAACUAGUGAAAAAGUUUCAUUUCAACAGGAACUCGUAGGUUGCAUUCAAUUUGUAAACAAUGAGUUCAAGGGCAGAGCGGCAGGCCUACACAAAGCGAUGGAAGAGGGCCUGACGAGAGCUGACACGACUGGAAAAGGCUGAGCAAAAAGUGGCGUGUCUUUGCCAACAUCCAGAACCACAGCUACAACUGGCAGAGGAGAGUGAAGAGGAGCCAGAGCUCAUGCCAAUGUCGGCAUGUUCUGUCAGCAGCUCUAAGGAGGACCGCGGCAGUGUUGCUUCUGCAAUGCAGUGUCUUCCAGACCUGGACAUUUGGGACACGCCUCCGUCAAACCUGUGGACGAGGCCAGUGGCUCCUGCAGUGAGGAACACAACUUGCAUGGUUUACACCAAAGAUUCUAGAACAGAGCUCUGUUCUAGAAUCUUUGGUUUACACACAGAGGGAGUUGGCUCAACCAUGGAGACAGAUAUAAGAACCACACAGGCAUCUAUUUACCGCAUGGUGCAGCGGAUGGGCGCUUUUGAGGAGAGGAUGGAGGGGAAGAUGAACGAGCUGCUUAUGCUCUUGAGGGGCUCCCAGUCACCUCUCACUGCUCCAGAGGAUCCUCUGUUGCUGUCGCCCUGCUCAUCAGUCACUGAGCUGCAGGAGUUCGACAGGAGUCUUGGUGAACAGGAGAGGAGGAACAAAAUGCAACAUUUCCUGACAACACUGGGAGGUUCGAACCCAGGAGCUGCCACUCGUCGUAUGCUACGGCGAGUACCUACCAAUGAUGUUCUGUCCCAGUAUAGUCUGCGGGGCAGAAAGUCGAAAAAGUCCUUCCAGCACCUGACGCUCUGCAGGGUUAUAACAGCGGCCUCCCAGAAGAAUUUCCCAGGACUGACUGCAGUCAAUUCUGAGGACUUGAUUGGGCAAACACUCAAGUUUGCCCCACACAGACGACCAACUGAGAAGGACUGAGGACAAUGGAGCUCAAUAUUUUUCUAAAAAAUAUAUUUUGUAUUACUUUUUAUUACUUGUGUG